AUGAGAGAUUGGAGGGAACGAGUCGAAGUACAUUUAUUCGAAGCAUUGUUGGAUUGGUGCCUUGGUGGCGGUUUGCGAAAUGAGUGGGACUCUCCUCUGCAGCUACGGCGCCAAUUGGUGCCAAAUCCGAUGGAUCCAUCGGACCGUUACUGUUUCAGUCCGAUUUUGCGAUGGAACCCUGAGGUCGAGAACUACUUCAUUAAAGCCUACGGCGCCGAUCAUUUCUCCCGCAUUUCUAGAGCCCUAACGCGUCCGUCGAGUUAUUCUUGUAUUCGUGUAAACACUUUAAAGUCAACAAGUGAUGCUGUUAUUGAGAAGCUGUUGGAAAUUAUAAAGGAAAGGGGGUUUGAUGGCGAUUGUCGCAAUGAGGUACGAUUGGAACCAAAUGGAAAUGUAGGCAGGCCACUGGAGGAAAGCUUGAAAAAUGACCCUGUCGUUAAGUGUCAGAUACCAGGGUUAGAUAAUGUUCUGUUUGUUAAGGGCACCGGACCGCAUAGGAUUGAUUAUGGUUAUGCACCUGGUGCGCCUCCAAAGGAGGUGCUGGUCAGUCGAAAAUGCGCUGAAGCUGUUCUCCGAGGUGCUCAGGUAUUUGUUCCUGGUGUAGUUGCUUGUAGUGCUCAUGUUGAAAAAGGAGAAACGGUUGCAGUUUCAGUUGCUAUAGAGCAACACAAUCCUAAUGGCGGAUGGGCUAUUGGCAUGACACGUGGGACUGUUCUACAAGGAUUACAGACAGGCAAGACAUUCUUUAAAAAUUUGUUUCAUCGUGAACACUAUGUCCUAUCUUAUAUAUACUUAAAAUCAUCUUUUCAGUUUAGAAACGAUUCAUCAAUGGAACAACAAAAGAAUGCACAAGCUGUUGAAGUAAGACAUCAGUCUGCUAAUCCUCAAAAAGGUGAAAGAAUAUUGGACAUGUGUGCAGCGCCAGGAGGGAAGACAACUGCAAUUGCAAUCCUUAUGAAGGAUGAAGGAGACUUGUUUGCAGUUGAUAGGUCUCAUAAUAAGGUGCAGGAUAUUCAGAAAUUGGCUGCUGAAAUGAGCUUGACUUGUAUAACUACUUAUAAACUGGAUGCUCUCAAAGCUGUUCGUCAAAGAAAUGAAGCAGAUGAUAUAAACACAAAUCAAAGUUCUGACACAUUGAUGUUUCACGAGGAGAAAAAGUCAUCUUCUACUGUUGAAGGGUUUAAUCCUGAUAAAACAUGCGAUGAUAAUGUUAGCAAUGCAAUUGAGAAUGGGGGAACUUAUGUUAGCAAAGCUGACAUCAGGAAGAAUAAGCGAAGAAUGCGGAAUGGGCCAGGAAGGAAUCAGUGCCUUGGUGGCAAAGUCGAGAAUUCGAAAGGCUUCUUCCCUGAUAGCUUUGAUAGAGUUCUCCUUGAUGCUCCCUGCUCUGCUCUUGGUUUGAGACCUAGGCUUUUUGUUGGCGAGGAGACAAUAGACUCUCUAAAACGACACGCAACAUAUCAAAGGAGAAUGUUUGACCAGGCUGUUAAACUAGUUCGCCCUGGUGGUGUGAUUGUCUAUUCAACAUGUACAAUAAACCCUGGUGAGAAUGAAGCAUUGGUUCGAUAUGCUUUGGAUACAUAUAAAUUCCUCUCCUUAGUACCACAGAAUCCUAGAAUUGGAGGACCUGGCCUUGUUGGUUCUUUUGAAUUUCCUAAUGGAUACAUCGAGGAGUGGUUAAGACCUGGAGAGGAGGAAUUUGUUCAGAGGUUUGAUCCAUCAUCUUCCCUGGAUACAAUUGGGUUUUUCAUAGCCAAGUUUUCUGUUGGCUUGAAAGAUGUUUGA